ACGACGGCGGCGACGGCGACGGCGACGGCGACGACGGCGGCGACGACGGCGACGACGACGACGACGCCGACGCCGCCGGGAAGCAAAAGGAUAUCGGUCGCGUCGAAUACCCGAGCCUGUUCGUAGUAGCGGUAUACAUCAACACUAGUUGUAGUAGUAGUAAUCAUAGUACACGUCGCGGACUAAUCCUGUCGGCACGUCGUGAACAAGCUCCAGUGAAAAAGCUCGCCGAGACGCAACAACGAGAGAGGAAGAGAGGGAGAGAGAUAGGAGGAGGACACAGUGUGAGAAGGAAAGAGCCUGGUGAAGGAUCGAGUACUGCGAUCACACGCAGGUAGGUCCAUCCAGAGGGAGGCAUCGGCAAGGAACCGCUCCUCAACGCCGCCGCUCCAGCAGCAUGACCCAGCCUUAGUACGGCUCUCCUGUCGUAAACCCUCCGCGGCGCGACACGAUACGACACGUAGAAGAAGGUGGUGGAGGAGUCGGAGGUGGUGCUGGCGGCGGAGGAGGCAGAGGGGACGAAGGGGGCCAGGGAAAGGGUGGAGGACACCGAGGAGGACGGAGAAGAAGAAGAAGAAGGUGGAGGAGGACGGAGGAGGAAGCCUCGCAACGACGGCGAACGUCCUCGAGGGUGCGAACCACCAACAGCGGCACCACCGCCGACGUCGACGACGACGAUGAUCGCGACGGGCGGUGAUCGGCGUACAUGCUGGAGGCGGAGACGCCGAUUGGCGUUGGUGACUUUGCUCUCCGCGGUUUUAGCCUUCGCGAUGGGCCCCUCGUCGUCUUCGGGCCACAGACCGGCGCCGAAUAACCCAAUCACAUUUCAUACCACUACGAGUAGCACAACCAUGCCCGUCCGAGUGCGGCUGGGUAACGGCACCAGCGUGCAAGUGUACGAUAGCAAAAACUACUAUGUUAACGUUGCGGGUCUCGACGGGCACAAUAAUAGGACUAAUAACGAUAACGAAACGGACAUCAAGAGGCCGCUCUUCCCGGAAGAUCUUUUCAGUAUCGAAUCACGGCGCCGCGGUGCCGUGAUACUUCACAUACUCGGCGUAGUGUACAUGUUUGUCGCGUUAGCGAUUGUUUGCGACGAGUUCUUCGUACCGUCGUUAGACGUGAUCAUCGAGAAGCUCGAUAUCGCCGACGAUGUGGCUGGUGCUACUUUCAUGGCGGCCGGUGGAUCGGCGCCCGAACUCUUCACAUCGAUCAUAGGCGUGUUCGUGUCGUUCGACGACGUCGGUAUCGGAACUAUCGUCGGAUCCGCCGUCUUCAACAUCCUUUUCGUGAUCGGCAUGUGCGCUAUAUUCUCGCGUACCGUGCUGUCGCUCACAUGGUGGCCUCUAUUUCGCGAUUGCACUUUCUAUUGCGCCAGUCUGCUCACCCUGAUCUACUUCUUCCGCGACAGUUAUAUAUACUGGUACGAGGCACUCGUGCUCUUUGGAUUCUACUUGGCUUAUGUGAGCUUCAUGAAGUGGAAUCAACCGAUGGAGAAAAUGGUCAAAAGGAUACUCUACAGGAAUAAGGUGACCCGGGUCAGGUCUACCGAUCAGCUGAUGCCUUCGCACCAGAGCGCCGCCCAGGCAUUGCAGCAUCCGAACGCGAUCAACAAUAGCGAGACGAGCGUGGGCGGUACGUCGGGUGCGUGCGGAAGCAUCCCGGCGCCCGGGGAGGCCGGAUGCAGCAGCAGGGUUGGCAGCAACAGCGGCGGCGGCGGCGGCGGCGGCGUCGGCGGCAGCGGCGGCGGCGGCGGCACAGGCUCCGGAGGACAAGGGUGCGAGCAAGCUCACGGGGGUCCGUCGUCCUCUCAUCACCACUCGCGAGAGAGCCACGCCAAGUUCCGGCACGGCCUGCUGCAGCUCAUGAUCCACACGAUCGAUCCGCUCCACGACGGUCAGUCCCGCGCCGGCAAGGUGGACGAGAAAGCGACGCAGCUGCAUGCGAUAGCGUCGCUGAAGGUGCUGCUGGAUGCCACCAAGCCGCAUAACGGCGCCGCGACGUCGACCGCCGCCCAUUAUUCCGGCGCAUCCUCGAAGGAGACGACUCUGCAGCUGCAGCAGGGCUCGCAAGGCACCACCACCACCACCACGACUACGACAACCACCGCCGGUACCACCGCCGGUAUUCAGGAACUUCCGAACGGCGGUAUCGCCGCCGGCCUCGACGCUGGACUCGAUUCGGGUGAAGAGGAUGAACCAGGUCCAGAGGGUUUGAAUAUGAGCUGGCCGAACAGCCCUAGAAAAAGGCUAACUUACAUUUUGGUCCUGCCAAUCUUAUUUCCUCUUUGGUUGACGUUACCGGAUACGAGAACACCUAGAGGGAAGAAGUUCUUCCCGAUAACGUUCAUGGGCUCGAUCUUCUGGAUCGCGGCGUACUCGUACCUGAUGGUCUGGUGGGCGAACGUCUUCGGCGACACGGUGGCCAUACCGCCGGAAGUGAUGGGCCUGACGUUCCUCGCAGCUGGCACCAGCAUACCGGACCUCAUAACAAGCGUCAUCGUGGCGCGAAAGGGAUACGGCGAUAUGGCCGUGUCGAGUUCCGUCGGCAGUAACAUCUUCGACGUGACCGUAGGGCUUCCGGUUCCAUGGCUCCUAUACGGUUUAAUCUACGGGAAACCCGUGGAGGUGAACUCAGUGGGCAUGGUGUGCAGCAUAGCGAUACUGUUUUGCAUGCUGCUGUUCGUGAUCAUGAGCAUCGCCUGCUUCAGAUGGAAAAUGAACAGGGGCCUCGGCUUCACGAUGUUCAUCCUCUACUUCGUCUUCGUCGCUGUCUCGCUGAUGUUCGAGUACGAGAUUCUGACCUGCCCGGUGUAGGGCAGCCAGGACAGCGCAGCCGCGGCAGCAGAGGUAUCCCCCCCUCCUCCUCCCCCCCUAAAAAAAAAAACUUCUUUCCCCGGAGGAAACCGAUACGUCUGCGAAACGGACGCACAGUUACGGGUCUCGUCAUCAUCAUCGUCAUCGUCGUCGGCGAGUCGACGAGAGAAUUCUUCCCCGCGGUCGCCGCUUCGAGCCGAGGAGGAAACCGCGCCAGUCAUUAACCUUCACGCGCGCGCGCGCGCGCGUGAAGGAGACUUUGACAGUACGAACGGCAAUAGCAGCACCACUAUCACACCGCCACUAUCACCGAUCAUCGGGUCACGGCAACAACUUCGCGUAUAACAGAUUACGAGGCGUUUUGCUCUAGUCGCGAGAGGUGUACAUAUUGUAUAAAAAUCUUGAAAUACCUGAAACGAAAUACUCGUCUUAUUAAGGAUUAACCGAGUCCACUCGAGUGCGCUACUUUAUUAUUUAGGCAUGGCGAGCGCGUUAGCCGAUCGUGCCAAGGAUCAAAUAUAAUUUUAUAUAAUUCCCCAAAGUUUUCUGGCACAGACACUUCCUUCCUCCUCCUUUCUUUCUUUUCCUUCAUUUCCUCUUCUUUCACAUCCUACUUCUUGUUAAUCAAUAAGCGACACUGAACAUCAAACAAAUUGAUUGCCUUAACUUAUUAUUACUUCACCUGAAGUCAUUACAAUAAAGGUUCACAGAAAGCUGUCCUACAUUUCUAAUUACUUCUGGUUAUAAUCACGGGUAUCGUCAGAUAACGCUUGAUUCGUGUAUUUGCCACGAAACAUCACGUUUUUCCGAGUAUACCUAUAACAGCAAUAAUAUUAGACUUAAAACGCGAUGUUACCGUUUACAAAACGUUACCGUAAGGUCUUCUCUCUCGUUUGACUCCUUGGCACGCUCACGUCCAUAUAUUAUACAUAACGUUAUCCCUAGAAGAAGUGACCUGACCGCUCGCCGAUUUUUCUCUAAAACAAAAGGUAUUAUUCUCUACGUCUUCAAUAUCGUAGAAUAGCGUUAUAUAACUUUUCACUCUGUUGUACUCACGGAAUCCAGGCUGAUGCGGUGCGAUGUUUGUCGUUCCGUUUUGAUGACGCAAACGACGUUCGCUCAUGAGUUCAUCUCGAGUGCCAUAUAUGCCAGGUGCGCACUUCAGGCAAGUCGUAUAACUUUAUAUACUUUUCGUUAACCAAAAUUACUUACAGUGUGUUACAAUGUAUUACAAUAUAUUGUGUUAUGCGAGGAACUCUUUUGUCGCAAACGCUGAAAAUAUUUUAUUUCUUUUCCUCAUUUUACUUUCCAAUUUAAUAAUGGCAAAUUAUUAGCAAAAAUUAAAAUAAAAGCAUGUUUGACUGUUUUAAUAAAAUAUUCGUUCUACAUUCGUGAAAUUGCAUGAAGCGCCAUUGAGAAAGUCUUCAAACAUUGAUUUAUUAAAUUGAUAUGAUUCAAGCACUGGCAAUCAAACGUCUCAAACGAAACGGCUGAUCGUCGCACCGAAUUUUCAGCGUACAAUCGGAACAAAUGUUGCUACGCGAAUAAGAUAUGAUAGCAAUAAAAAUAUGAAACAUUGAUCGGAAAUCAGUUGAAAUCUCUUUGCCGCUUAUAUUUUCUUCACUUUUGUUUCGAAUCGCUAAAUUGCACAGUUGCGAGUCGGUUUAUGAGUAAAAAAGGAAACAUUUAUUGCGUGGUAUUAAUUUACAGUUUAGAGAAAAGACAAUUGCUUAUUUACAUAAAUCAUCCGUUUGAAAAAAGCGCCUUUUCGACCAAUUAAAUUUCCAUUCUUAAAUGUUGCUUGAGAAAUUUAUUCAUGACGUUGUCGAGAAAAAUUGCGCAGUAAAAACCUCGGCAAAUUUUUUUAUUGUAUUACUGAUCAGUGUAAAAUUAAUUCACAAGUCCAAGGAAACAUCUCGUUCGCGUAAGACAUUUAGGUUCCGAUUCCGAGCGUGUUUUCUCUUAAAUACAAUUAUUACUAUUACUGUAACUAUAAUCUGUAAGCGACAUGCGAAAAAAAGCAGAUUUUCUUAAGUGCAUAGAGAAAAUUGUCGCAAAAAUCAUAUAUUCGAAUUGGUGCUUGUGAAAAUUCUAAAGAUUACUUCCAAGAGUGCUCGUGUCGCUUACUGAUGCAUCUUACGUGCGAUCGAAUUCUCAUGCGAUAUUCUCUCUGCAUAGGAAAAGUAUCGAGAUACACUGCAGAUAUAUUUGCACGCGUGUAAGUAAUGUAUUAUUAUUAUGAUAUGCUCUUACGAAGUGAAAGAAACAGACGAAUGUCGAGUUGUUUAGACAUUGCACUUUCCGUGAUGUUCCACAUCAGCUUGAUACUCUCCGAGCAGUUGUUCUUUUGCUAACUUCUUUCAAGUUUUCGACAUUGCACUAUAACACUCUACUAAGAUACCGUUAGAAAAUAUGAUUAUUAUGGUUGUUACAUGUACACAGUGAAGAUAAACGGGUAAUAGAACAUGAACAAGUUUACACAGGUGUGUAUGCGCGUAAGAUUGAGAGAAAGAAAGAGAAAGAGAACGAGAUAAAGAAAGAGAACGAUUUUUUAGUUCGAGAUAAAAGAAAGAGAAAAGGAGAGAAGAAGUAGGAACAUGUACAGCCAGGGCAUGACAGAAUGGGGCGAUUUUUAAUCCAGGUUACAAGACCCGUGUUGUAUAAAGCGUUUGUAAAGGAUAAAGUUUUAAGGACAUAGAGGUAAUAGUUAUAAUGUGAUAUAUCGAUUAUAUUACAUACGAGGUGAGCAAAAUGUUAUUACACCUACCUACACACAAUUUGAGAGAGACACAAACAGAGGAAUAACAUUACAUUUUCGGUAGCCUGAACGCCUAAAAGCGGCCUAGCUUUUUAUGAAGCCCACAGCUAAUGCAAAAAUUAAUCCGCGAUAUGAAGAAGGAAAAGACCAUAAUUAUAUAAAAGUACCGUCUACGUUAAUCGAUAGAACGAAUUUUAGGUUAUCAAAAUCACACGUACAUACAAUAGAGAGAGAAAGAUAAAAUGUGUGUGUAUGUGUGUGUGUGUGUUGUGUGUGUGUGAAAAUUCGACGAUGAAACAUAUACGAAGAAUAUAUGAAUUAUAUAUUAUAUUAUAUAUUUAACGUUACAUUUAUCGCAUUUUGUAUGGUCCCGACGUUGGAAAAAGGAUGGUCUUUCGGUUUCGCAGCUUAUGUUUCAGUAUUUACGCCCAUGUGACAAUUAUUAUUACGUUUAGCCUUCCUACUUUAGCUACGUCUACCUGUUUCUGAUCUGCCCAAAUCGUAACGGUGCAAUCUCUAUGCGUUCGAUUGCAGUGAAAAAAUUUCGUACCCUGCAAUGCUUCGAUCCCUCACGCAGUGAAAAAGAUCGUGAAUCGCGCCCAAAGGUAAAAGAGGCUAAAGUUGAUCGAUGAUCCGCGUAGCGUCCGUUAAUGAUUAAAGUAGCGAGAAAAAAGAUACGAUAUCAAUAACUUUCGAUUAGACUGCGUAUUUUUUUGCGCGAUACGACAAAGGAUGAUUUAACUGCAACGUUAAACUUUAAAGAGAUAGUGCAGAUAAUUUGCAACUACUACAGAACCAUUAUGGUUACCGCACGAGAACAAGCAAUGAAUGGCAGUAAUCUUAGCAACAAUGCGAUCUCCUCGACCACUACUUAAGAUAGUGAUGCUCCUUUCUUGCGACAGAGCUCUCGGCAUUACAUCGACAAAAUGGAUUUCGCCCGCUGCACUACCCUCUGCGCCAAUUAAUUCCAAAGAAGAGUCUCGUUACUUUAGUGUUUUAUGAAAUUUCACUUCCGAAUGAAACAACCACUUUGAAAUUUCACUCGUAUUAAAUGAUUUUUUUAUCUUUUUAUCAAAUUUCUAGCCAACGAGUGGAAAUUAUAACUUGAAAUUAUCGUGAACGGAAAAAAAGAGGCACUGUUCUUAAGUAGUAUAAACAAACUUUGAGGUAGACGCGAUCAGACUCCGUAAAUGGAAAUUGUAUUUUAAGUCAGAGCGGACGAAUGAACUUUUAGCUCGGCGAUCCGACAAAAAUCGGACGUGGUGUAACUCGUGACGAGCCGUUGUCGGUUUUAGCCAACGAUCGCCGGUGGAAAACUACAUUAGAUUUCUUCGUGACGUGAAACAUAUAAACGGGGAAACGUAGCGGAGAAACGUCGGGGAGAGAACUCAACACCGAGGCAUUUUACGUCGCAGUGUGCGGGGCACGAAAAGGAUUAGUCUGUCAGUUGGGCGAAACAACGAAGGCGGAUUAGCGGCGAAUCGCGUGAUAAGUCGAAGGUCGGGCCGGAGGGCUCGAAGCGCGGCGGUGUUCGUGUAAUUUAUGCAUUGUAAUAUACCCGUAGAACAAAUAUCAUCGACGUUGGCGAGGGAGGCGGUGAAGAAGACACAGUCCGUUUUCGGUUUUGAAUGUCGAGCUUCUCAACUCGAGGGAUCAAUCUGUGUGCACGAAUAAAUGACGCGAAAGAUGACUUGCGACCGCAACCCAGCUCUCUCAAAAGGGCGAAACAGAGAGGUACACGAAAUGUUUUAGCUCCGAUCAGUUAUGUGUGUGUGUAUGUGUGUGUGCGUGUGUGUGUAUGUGUGUGUGUGUGAAACAUGUACUAUAUUAGUACAUAAGAGCGACCGUACGAUCCCCGAUCCUCGCGUUGUCGAAUUAUCAGACACAUGUAUGCACGCACGUGUAAUCUACUACUCGCGUAAAGCACGAAAGUGGCGAGAGAGAGAGAGAAAGAGAGAGAGAGAGAGAGAGAGAGAGAGAGAGAGAGAGUGUAAAAAGGAGAGAGAGGGGGAGAGAGAAACAUACAGAUAGAUUUAUUUCUCUCUCGCGCACGCAUGCACGCACAUACCACGUGCAAAACUUUACGUUCGAGAGAUGAACGCGACGAGAUGAAGUGUGCUCGCGAAAGGCGAAAAUCGUUUUCAAUUUGUUUAACAAGUUUGUUAUAAAGUGGAACGCAUUCGAUGCUAAGUCCCCCUCGUUGCCACUACGUUCGGGUUUACGUCGAGAAAAACGAGAACGGAAACUAUUAACUCCCACCGGUUAGUGUGAAUUCAACCUGAAACAAGUAUAUAAUCUGUCGGUAACCGAUAGACCUUUCUUAAUUGAAGGCGUCGUAAAGGCUUUCUGGGAAUACAAUUAUCCUUUUAUAUUUACGAAAACGCUUCAUUUCCAAACGUGGCUUUCGAGACUUUUAUUCGUGUAGUAAAAGGUAAACUUAUUGUUAUAAUAUAUACACGCAUAUAUGUGUAUAUAUACAUAUAUAUGUAUAUAUAGAGAAUCCGUUAAACUCUUUUAUAUUUUUAUGUGAAUACGUUGUUUAGGAUUGAUGGUAGCUGUUAUCUUACGGAUACGGAACCCAUCGCGCGCUCGUAAGGGCGCUCCAAGCUCUAGACUUUAAGCGUCGUUAAGGGUUUAGUUGGUUUUUCGUACUUUGUAACGUAGCUUUCGAGAAAAAAAAAAACGUUAGAGGAAUUUUUACAUCGUGACAAGGUCGGUAGAGUAGAGCCGGGCACGCGACGACGAUCGAAACGAUCCUUCAAAUUUCGGCAAGUUGUUCGUGGGAGCCGAGUGACAAAUCUGUUCCUCGAAGCAGAUCGAUCGAUCGUGUAUACUAAGAGAGCGCGUCACUAUCCUUUCCUGCCCUCGAUGGCACGAGACAUAUAAUCGUUACGAUAUACUCGUGGAAUAUAAAAUAACGCGGGAUAGUGGAAUAUAAAAAAAAAAAGGGACACAAAACGCACGCUGUGAAAGAUCGAACGCUUCGAAUAUUUUCUUGGCAUUGACAAAGCGCGAACGCACAUAUCAAAGAGAGAAAAAUGUUGAAUAUAUAAUAAUUGAUUACUUAGUAGUAUUAUUAGCGACUUAAGUCUCGUAAGAUAUAAUUAGAUUGAGGCUAUAUACGAGCGUUAUAAAGUUUCUAUAUAAUUACAGAUUAUAUAAAUAUGUAUUAUAUAUAUAUUGUUCGAGAAAGUAAGCUGGAUCGUCGGCCGAUUAUCGAGUCAACGUUGUUACACGAUGAAACGGUGCAGAGAUGCAACCCUCGCCGAUUCUGGGCGAUCAGCAUGCUGGACACAUAACGUAAAAAAUCCGGGAGAGUAUCUCACAUUUGUUCUCGUGGCUCUUUUCUUUUGAUAUAUAUUUCAUUGUAUCUCGCCAUCUCAAAGCGUCGCAUAUACAUAGGGUUGUACCCCCGUCCAUCACACACACCGCAGUAGUAGGGAGAUUUACGGGAUUACGACGCGUAGAUUUAAAUCACGUCUUACGAGAUUAAUUAGAUCACCGCAGAGUGCUAGAAAGGCGAAACAGAGGGGCGCGAAACGCGAGAAGAAGUAUAAAUAUAUACAUACACAUAUACAUAUAAAUAUAUAAAUACGCAGAUAUAUAAAUAUGUAAAGUAUAUCUAACGUUGUAUACGUUCAAGUCGGCGAUUCCAAGAUGAAACGUUUUAAUACCGAUAAUAACGAUUUCGUUUCUUGAUGUUCGUAAGAUACGUCUUCGACGCGUUACUUAGAUCGGGGCCGAGGCAUAAUUGAUCGUUUUAUGCGUGACGAGCGUACAACGAUAAUUCGCACGAUUGCCGGCAAGUCAAGCUCGCCGCCCAGGCGACUCUGUGUAUGUGUGUGUAUGUGCAAGGGCGGAAAAACAAUUUUCCCGGCUAGGGAGAGACCGAGAGGACCGAAAUACAAGCGCAUCAACGACCACGUUCCAAAGUUCGCGCGGGACGAAUCUCAGCUUAUUAAAAUUAGAGAAUCGCGUAACCGAGUGCGAGUAAGUUUAACGUAAACGGAACUAAACGCAAGCAUAAAGAAAAAAAACAUAAAGUCAUAGUGGAUAAAAAAAGCACCCUCAAAAAAAUAUGAAAGAGCGAAAGGAAGAAUGUUAAAGGGUAACCUGUGGGGUCAGCGUCGGGAGGCCGUUCAGGCUGCUUCGCCGCUCGUGCGAAUCAAAUGCUCGAACGUGACGAUUUCAUCUGAUGCGCUUCGAGAUCAACGAUUCUCAAUGAUCAACGCCUUUUUUCGCGUCUCGAAAAGGAAAAAAAAAACGAAUCGGCCGGUCCUACUUACGACGCUGGCGCCAACGGGCGCGACGCCGCGUGUGCAAUAAAAAGCGAAAUAUAUAAUACAAUAUAUUAAUAUCAUUAUAUACAACAUUUUUACGGCAUAUAUUACGGAUACGAAAGUAGGACAAGCGAUUUAAAAAAAAAAAAGAGAUCAGAAGUUCUAGGAUAAACGAUUACUUGUUGUUGUCUACCAUAGCGUCAUAGCGUAAGUAGGGUACUUAGUCGUAGCUUGUUUCGAGGGAUGCGUGUGAAACGUGCAUGCGAGAAAGUAGCAGUUCGAGAGAGAGAGAGAGAGAGAGAGAGAGAGAGAGAGAGAGAGAGAGAAGGAAAGAAAGAGAGAGAGAACAUGGAACCGUGCGAAUCCGGAGAGACGAGCGAAUGUUUAAGCGACGGAAUGUGAUCCCGAUUACAUAUAAAAAUUUAUCACCUAAUUGCAAAUAUAUAUAUAUUCACAUAUAUAUGUUCUGUACAUAUAUCUAUGUGUAUAUAUAUACAUACUCGGAGGGGCUAGUUACUUAACGAAAGGGAAAAAAAUCAAUAAUUGAUAUAUUAUAUACAGAAUCUAUACAUAUACAUAUAUACUUUUAAAAACGUGUGCCUAUGUGCGCACGUGCGUACGUGCGCGUGCGUGCGCGUACGCGCGGACACUGCAUCUCCUCCACGCACCCCCUCUCGCCAUCCCCCCCGUUCACCCCUUUUCUCCUUCUCUUCCUCUCCCUCUUCCUCCUACGCAACCACCCUCAUCUCUUGCCGCGAGUCAACUCGUUACACGCACUUGCGCACAUAUCCAUUACGCAUUAUCGUAGCCAUGUUGUGUAGGGAUGUCUUAAAUGAGUAAGCUACGAUUUCUCAUGUUACAUAUUAUGCGAAAAAAAAAUGUAAAAAAAAAAAGAGGCGGAGAGAGAAAAAAUUUUGCGAAACGACGAACACAAUUUCUUCCGGUCAUUUGCAGGAUCGUUUGAGGCUUGAACUUAUUACACAUUGAAAUACGCGCGGAUGUUUAAACAAAUAACGGGACAACGAAAGGGAUGAUAAUAUGAAUAAUAAAAAUAUUUCAAAAGAA